CGAUGACGUACUUCACACUUCCUGUAUGAUUAAAGGUAUGAAGUUUUAAAAACACGUCUAUUUAGCUUUACAAUUCCGACUGAUCAUCACUUAGAACAUGAGCUGGAUUUUCAGCAAACCUAAGACUAAUUUGCCAGCCCCGACGGCCUUGGAGCAACAAAGAACAAGACAGAUAGAAUCGUUGAAAAAUUUACACAGUGUUGUAGAAGUGCUAAGAGAUAGAGAAUACAGAAUAACAUUUACUGUGGUCGGAGGCCCUUUAACUCUACAAAUAAAUUUACCCCCAGGAUUUCCUUCUGUAAAACCAGAAGUGACAGUACAGCCUGCGAUACAACACCCGUGGGUGAACAGUCAACUACAAGUGGUGGCCUGUCCUGCUCUGCUAAGUUUUACAGUUCAUUCAGAUUUGAGUCGGGUCAUCAAAGAUAUCAUGGAAGAGUUUCAAAGAAAUCCACCUGUGUUUACUGCCACAUCCUAUGGCCAGCCACCAGGUGGAGCUCCAUCACUACCAUAUUCCCUCCACCCGUCUACUGCAGCUCCUACGUUACCCAGUUAUGCUAGCACAUACGGCAGCACAGGUCCUCCAGAGUUCCAUGAUUACGUGAGGGAUACAAAUGUUAUGUCACCCACACUACCAGCCACACGGGGGGUGUACAGACCACCCACUAACGUAACAACGGGAAGUCAGGAACCCAGUUUUUCAUUUACAAAAUACCAAAUGCCAGAAAUACCAGUGUCAUUUCCCCAGUUGCAUAACAUGAGCAUUCAACAGCUUCAAGAGUUUGAAAAUGAUGAGGGGAAACUGCUGGGGAUCAUCGAGGAACUGCCUUCUCUAGUGCAGUUGAAAAAAGACAGAAAGGAAUUUUGUGAAGAGAAUGAAAAAUUAGCAAGGGAAAACCUUUCAAAAGAGCCAGAAAUAGAAUCUUUAAAAGACAGUUUGUCAGAGCAGUUCACAAUACUUAAAGAUUUAAAAUCACAGUUUGACCAAAAUGUGCAGAAACAGCAGGAACUCCACAGUACAUUUAACCCAGGCCAACUGCAAGCCAACCUCAAGAUUGCUGUCAUGCAGGCAGAGGAGGCCUCAGAAAAUAUAGCACAGGAAUUCUUAGAUGGAAAGUGUGAUAUCAGUACAUUUAAUCAACAGUUUUUAGAAAAAAGAAAGAUUUUUCACUUGAGGAGAACAAAAGAGGAGAAGUUACAGCAGCUUCUUGUUCACCAAGGCAGAGGUGGAGGGGGAUACUACUGACACAUCAGCACUUCAUGAA